GCAUUCCUUUCUCAUAGGGUUAGUGAGUUUAUAAAAAAAAAAAUUAACUUAUUUUUUAGUUAUUCUUAACUGUGAGAUGAACCGAAAUACAAGUUCUACAGGCAAGCCAGCUCCCUCAACGGGAGCUAUGGAUUCUGCAAAGCAGCGCGCCCGACAGGCGGUGUGUGCCCUUCAGUUCUAUGACUACCAAACUGCUCGAAAGGAGAUCUUAGCUGCGAUUCAGUUACUGGAUGGAUCUCAGAGCGUAAUCAAAUCUUAAAUAUUCAUCUUCCAUUCCCCUUUCUAAGACCCGCAUGCAAAGAAAAAGAAGAAGAGGAUGUUUGUCAUAUGUCGAGAUGGCAUUUUGUAUCACUGCGCAUUUUAUAAGCCCUUCCCAUACGUUAGGGUGUAAGUCAAACGGUAGAACCCUUGAUUUUUUACAAAGAAUAUGGUGAGGGACAAUUGUCCGAAGUAUGAGAAAUGAUUUGUAUACUUCUAACGUUAUUUUUUUUCAAAAAUAUUAAUAGGAAAUCAUUUUGGAGGUGUUGGGUUUGGAAUUCGCCAACGAUAUAUGAAUCUCGAAAGACCAGGAAGGUGUGCUGGUGCUCUCCAUUUGCUGGAAUUUAUGGUGAAGCAUACCCAUUGUGGCGAAUGACUCUGGACGGCUUUAGAUUGUCUUCACGCCUUAUUGGUGGGGUGCUGGAGGGCAUCGCUUUUUUGUUCCAAGAUACGAGGUGUCUUUCUUUCUCCUAUUCCCCACCUCGUACGGGAUAGGGACUUACCGGAGACGCCUAGCCGUGCCCUCCCCCCCCCCCCCCUUUAUCCGUGGGAGUAUUCUUAGUUAAAGUACAGGACAAAAAGACCAUCAAAUAUAAAUUUGGAAUAGCCCAAUGGAUAUGAAUUAUCAGGUUGCGCACAAGUUGAGAUCCUUCUUCUAUCAAGGGUUAAUGGGGGCAAACUGAUAUGGAUUUUUUUUUGCGUGUUGAUUGCAUAAAGAAAACGAAAUUCAACUAGAAACGCUAUAUGAAUGGUUUUCUAAUGAUGUCUAACCAGGAUUCGUUGCGCCUUCUUCAGAAUCCGAACUCAACCUCCAUUUUGGAUGCACUUAUAUCGCGUUACUGUUGUUAUUCUUGUCAACCUUUUACUAUAGCAUCUAUUUUUGUAUGUAACGGUAAAACUACUUAUCCAUACAUACAUUCACACAAACAUAUCUAUAUAUCUUAUUUGUUAUAUAUUAGGCAUAUACUAGUUUUAUUAGCCAUGUUGAUCGGUUUAUUGCUAUAUGGUUUGCUGUUUUUCGGGUUGCCGUUUGUGGUAUUACGCUUUUUUGUAAACCGGCAUCUGCCCCAGCCGGCAUCUCCUCCACGCUCGCAUGGUGAUGUCAGCGAUGCACUAACUAACAGUUCUCUCGGCAAGUCAUCCGCGCAGGAGGAUUCAACGGCACCACGUCGCAGGACUUUUGACAAAGACGAAAGAAUUGGGGCUAAUAACACGAGUAACACUGAGAAGAAGGACUUGACACCCAAGGUGGUGAUCGCGUACGCGACGUACUCACAGAGUUCGUUGAUUCUCGCACAUAAACUGCUCAACUUCUUGACGAACAUCCUUCAGGAGCAGGAUUCGUACAGCAAAUCGACCUGCGCGUGCGCUUCAAACGGGGAGAGUAGCCUUUCGGGCGGGUGUGCGUGCAGCUCCGGGCGAGCACGAGGUGAAACGAAGCCCUCAUCCAACGGCAAAGAAGGGGCUUCAUCCUCUUCGCUUCCUAACAGCUUGUCGUGCGGCUGCGCGAGGAGGCGGGUAGCGCCGAUCGUGAAGGUUCUGGAGCUCGCGGAGGAUCCCGUUAGCGGCGACUCGGCCGGGUCGGGCAAUCGAACAGGCGGCCUCACCACGUUUGGCGUGGAUAUGCUGCUCGAGGACCCUUCUUACGUCUUAAACAUCUUCAUUGUGAGCACCUUCAGCGAAGGGAAGGCGCCCCCGCGCUCCCAGGCCUUCGAGAUCAUCCUCAAAGACGCCUUUGAGGAUCACCGCAUCCCGCGUGACGCGCUCGCGCGGAAGCGCUUCGCCGUCUUCGGCCUCGGCGAUUUAGCCUACGGGGCGAAUCACUUCAACGCCUUCGCGAAGCACCUCCACGAGUGGUGCCGCGGCCUCGGCGCCCCCUCCUUUGUCGUCCCCCCGGUCUACGCCAGCCAAUUCAACACCGCGAGUCUCUUCCAGAUGUUCACCCUCACCCUCGAGCGGUGGGUGCGGCGGACGACCUUCUACGACGAUUAUUCCAUCCACAGCGAACGACGGGGGGGGGCGAAGCGGGCGAUCGCGCCAGGCGGUUCACGCUCGGUGAGCAGCGCCCGCAGCUCCCGCGCCCCGAGCGAGGCCGCGGUUGAUUUCAGCAGCGACGAGGAGGGCGAAGGCGCCCAAACGGGCGACGCCGAGGCGGUCGAUGAUGUGGAGGAUCUCGUUUCGGAGGCCGCCGUGGCGCCCGUGGACCCGGACGCCCCUCCGCCCCCGUUGUUGUAUCCCAAACUCGAGCAAAACCUCACAAAGCAGGGUUACCGCCUGGUGGGGUCGCACUCCGCUGUGAAGCUUUGCCGCUGGACGAAGUCCAUGCUGCGUGGUCGCGGGGGGUGUUACAAGCACACUUUUUACAACAUCAACUCCUCCCAGUGCAUGGAGAUGACGCCGAGUUUGGCGUGCGCGAAUAAAUGUGUGUUUUGCUGGCGUCAUCACACGAACCCGGUUUCGCGGAGUUUUCGUUGGCGGCAGGACCCGCCGGAGCGGUUAAUCGCCGGGGGGAUGGCCGCGCAUUAUCAGAUGAUUAAGCAGAUGCGAGGGGUGCCCGGGGUGACGCCGGAGCGGCUCGCCGCCGCGAUGGAGAUCCGCCACUGCGCGCUCUCCCUCGUCGGGGAGCCGAUUAUGUAUCCUCAGAUCAACGCCUUCUGCGGGCUCCUGCACGCGCGGCGGAUCUCCUCCUUUAUGGUCACCAACGCGCAAUUCCCGGAGCAGCUUCGCGAGCUCCGCCCGGUCACGCAGCUUUACCUCUCCGUCGACGCCGCGACGCCGGAGGAGCUGCGGCGGAUCGACCGCCCGCUCUUCGAGGAUUACUGGGAGCGCUGCCUCGCCUGUGUGGCGGAGCUCCGGCGAAAACGCCAGCGCACCGUCUUUCGCCUGACCUUGGUGAACGCGUACAACAGUGAGAAUGUGGUGGGGUACGCGGACCUCGUGGAGCGCGCGUGGCCGGAUUUCAUCGAGGUGAAAGGGGUCACCUAUUGCGGCACGAGCCCCACGAGUACGCUGACGAUGAAGGAGAACGUCCCGCGGCAUGAGGAGGUGAUCGCGUUCUGCGAGAAGCUCUGCGAGGAGCUCGCGCGGCGACGACCUGGGUACGUCGCGACGACGAUGGUCGGGGCCGAAAGGGCGGAAGGAAAAGCGGAGGAGGAGGAGGAGGACGGAGAGGAUCCGGAGGCCGUCUUGCUCCCCCCAGGGGCCGCCUCGCGGCCCUACCACAUCGCCUGCGAGCACGAGCACAGCUGCUGCGUUCUCAUCGCGCUCGAUAAGUUCUACUUCAACCGUCGCUGGCAUACGUGGAUUGACUACGACCGCUUUCACGACCUCGUCGCGGCCGCGGAGGCGCGGCGGAAGGCCCUCCCGGAAGGGGAGGAGGAUGAGGAGACCUUCACCUCGCUCGACUACGCCGCGCCGACGCCGUUGUGGGCGACGUACCGGUCGAAGGAAAAGGGAUUCGAUCCGGAGCAAACGCGAGUCAUUCGGAAAAACGGAAGGCCCGGCGCCGUCACCUCGGGAUGCUAA